AUGGAUAAGUCAUGGAUGCACUCGGAUAGAAGAUCGAAGGCAUAUGAGUUAGGGGUGGAAGCAUUUUUGAACUUUUCUGUAGAAAAUCUUCUAACUACCACACAUAUCCGUUGUCCAUGUGUUAAAUGUGUUAAUUUGAAAUUGUUUGGGGUUGGAAUUAUAAGGGAUCACUUAUACUUUAAUGGAGUUGACCAAAGCUAUAAGAAUUGGACAUUUCACGGAGAACCUUGGGAAGCAGCUACUAAUGCUAGUAGAAAUGUUGAAGAAGAUGAUGACCAUAGUAGGUACAGUUUUGUGUCUGAAGAAUAG